AUGGCUGAUUUAAAAGCUGAAAAACUGUUAACAUUUUUUGCAAGCAAAUCUUUAUAUGUAAAUUUAACUUGGAUUGAGCAAAUUCUGCAAAAACAUGUUUUUUCUAAUAAUGAACAAUUGGAGCAACAAAUAAUGCAUUUAUUGUUGAAUUCAGACGUUAAAAUAACGUUAUCCUCUAAAUCAUGUUUGCCUGAGAAUGUAUUGGAUUUACAUAAUCAUGUAUUGCCUGGUCCAUACUGUUUACAAGUUAUACAAGUUCAAGAUAUUGGAAUGAGUAUAUUAAAUCAGUUAGAAUAUUUAGAGCAAUAUGACGACUUUGGUCGUGUAAAACCAUUUAAUACUAUAAAGGAUAAUGAUUCAAUAGAGGAUAACGAUUUAAUAGAUGAUAAUGAAAAAACUGUAACAAUGAAAAAAAUGAUCAAAUUAAUGCUUGAAGAUUCAUCUGGUCGUUAUAUAUGGGCAAUUGAAUACAAACCAAUAGAAGAUAUUAAUUUAAAAAUGAAUCUUGGAUCUAAGAUACUAUUAACAAAUGUUCUUGUUCUUAGAGGCGUUUUUAUUUUGGAUUCCCUAAAUUCCUCCUUUUUAGGUGGAGAAAUUUUAGAACUAAAUCAAGGUUAUUUUCCUCGUGGGCUUAGUCAUCAAUUAAUGUAUGAACUUAAUAAAAAUUCUAAAAAUACAGAAAAUAUAUAA